AUGAAGAGGAAGCACAUGAUGUUAACAUUGUUAAUAGCUGGACCCAAGCAGCCUGGUAAUGAUAUUGAUGUGUAUUUGCAGCCGUUAAUUGAUGACUUGAAGAAAUUGUGGGAUGGAAUUGAAGGAGUGUAUGAUGCUGUUAGGGGAGAGUAUUUUAAACUUAGGGCUGUUUUGUUUUGGACCAUUAACGAUUUUCCUGCAUAUGGUAAUCUAUCGGGUAGCAUUGUCAUAGGGUACAAUGCUUGUCCAGUUUGUGUUGACGAAACCAAACCAUAUAGGUUGAAGCAUAGUAAAAAAAUGGUAUUCAUGCGAAAUCGCAGGCAUUUGCCCAGACACCAUCCGUACCGAAAGCAGUCAGCUGCAUUCGACAAUACCGUAGAGAAUGAUGUGGCUCCUAUACCAUUAAGUGGGGAGGAGGUCUUGUCAAGAGUUAAAGGCUAUGUUAGCAGGAAAUUUGGUAAGAAAAACCCUAUUCCCCCUUUGAAGGCUAGUGAUAACCAAAACAGACCAUGUUGGAAAAAACAAUCUGUGUUCUUUGAACUCGAUUACUGGAAGUAUCUUCCGGUAAGACAUGUUCUUGAUGUCAUGCACAUUGAGAAGAAUUGUUGCGAUGCUAUUCUCGGUACCUUAUUGAAUAUUCCUGGGAAGAGUAAGGAUGGACCUGCUGCCCGUAUGGACAUGGUUAAAAUGGGCAUCCGAACUGAUUUGCAGGCUACACCUGGUCCAAACAGGUCCAAGUUGCCUUUAGGCAAUUGGAACUUGUUGCUAGAGGAGAAGAAAAUAGUUUGUCGUUCCUUUUUCGGUAUGAAGGUUUCAUUGCGCUUCUCUUCUAAUGUAAGAAAUCUGGUCUCUAUGGAAGAUUUAAGACUAGUUGGUCUUAAAUCACAUGAUUGCCACACAAUAAUGCAGAUUCUUCUCCCCAUUGCGUUACGAUCAGUUCUAGCAAAGCCUGUUCG